AUGCGCUUCAAAGUGUAUAUCGCUGCGGCGACGUACCUGCUUUUGAAUUCAGAAACCGCUCAGGCUGGUCCUGUUAGACGGGCACAUAAUGUAAUUCCCCGUGAUGAGACAAGUAUCCCGACAGGCGCGCCUGAUCCGAACAGGGCUACUGCGCCCACGGGCGUGCCGCAAGCAUCGACCCCGGGACCGAAUUUGGAGUCGGGGAUUCCAUACAUGUCUGCUUCGUCGCACGCGUCAUCGCAUACCGGGACGGGGUCUGCGGUUCAUUCAGGACAGGCGUCGAAUACCCCUACUACACAUGCUCUCGAGGUUGCCCUUGCAACUGGGCCUCCUACGGCGAUGCUUGGGCUGGCACAGACGACGCAUGGUGCUGCUGCUGGGGCGUCAGAUGCCGCCGCCGGGGGCUCGACUUUGUCUGGCGGUGAUCAUGGUGCUGUUGAGUCUACGAGUGCAGCACCUCCCAUGUCUACGAUUGGCACAUCUCCAUCUGGGCUUGUUGGUACGGGACCGGGAACCGUGCCUGGUAGCACGGAACAAAGUACUGCAGUUGGUGCCUCGACGAGCAUACUCGGUGUAGCACCAACAAGUGCAAUCGGUUCGCCUCCAACUGGUGCCGCCGUCACGUCGAGUGUAUUUUUGACAUCUUCCCGGGGUAUGCUUGAGACAUCUGCAUCGAGUGGACUUGGCACAGAACCGACAACUGCAGUUGGUUCAUCUUCAACUACUGUCCUCGGUGGUGCUUCAAAAACAUUACUCGGUACAGAGUCAACCACUCCAGCUGGGGUAGCUCCAACGACUUUGAUCAGUGCAGAUUCAACAACUACAAGUGGUGCGACACCAACGACUACUGUCGCUACAGUACCGACGACCAUUGUCCCUAUUCCCACGGCGGGAGCAUCGAUGACAGCUGGUGGUGUGGCUGAUGCUCCGGCGUUGCUAUCGCACACCUCUACUUUGCCAACGUCAUAUGGUCUCAGUCAGACAACAACCACGCCCAGAGCUGUCACAACAUCAAGUACGAAAAUUGUCUUUGAGACGAGCUUCGGGGCCGUCCCAACCACGGAUGCCUCGUCUGUUCUAGGCUCACCCACAGCUGCUGAUCCCAGUUCCGGCAAACACACAAGCACAGCCGGCCCAUCCUCUCCAAUCUCGGCCACAACAAACAUUUCUGGUUUAGGCGCGUCUACAACUAUUUUGGAUCCAUUCACUCAGUCAUCAUCUGCGGUAGGCGCUCCGGGCUCUGGGACAGGUACAACUCCCGCGAUGGAGACCAUGACUGGGCAGCCGCAUUCCAACACGGGACCAAAGACGACGCCCAUCGGGACCUCACAUCCAUUCUCUGCAAACACGACUGGUACGCUGCCGGCUAUGAGUGGAGGGAAUCCAACAACAGCUCUUGCGGCGUCCCUCGCCCCUCCGCCAACCGCAGAUCAUAACGGCCCCACGACGACUUUGGGAUCGUCUGCAGCCGCUUCUGACGUACAGUUCUUCACCGGGCCUGAGAACAAGCCAACCGAUUUGAGGCCAUCUACGAGCUCUACUACGUCGUCUGCUCCGCAUAAUGACCAGACAGGUAGCAAUAUACCUAAUUUGACAACAACGGGACCUUCACAGGCAGUUUCGACAAUGUCGAUUCCCACAUCUCCUUCUUUGCAAACCAGCAACACAGGUGAUGCCUCAAAUCCUGCGAGGUUGCCAAUCACAUCUCUCCCAGGACUCGCAACACCAUCAUCUACCUCUUCUCGACCAUCGCCGCACACUGAGCAGCAGGAGCCACAGUCGAAGGCCCUGGCCACAUCAUCGCCCACAAUGACAGGCGUCGUGACUCCCACCGGCCAACCGAACUCCAAAGUCCCAACCGCAAUCUUCAGCUUCCCAACUGCCACUUCAUCUGUCCCCGCGUCCGUCUACGCGUCCAACCUCGCGCAGGCCAAAUCCCUCAACCGCCUCUAUUCCACGCUGACACGCCAAUCUUCCUGUGUGGGGAGCCAAGCGGCCUGUAUAUCCGGCCAAGUGGGCUCGUGCAGCAACGGGGCAUUUGUUCUCGACGCCUGUGCUCAGGGAGAAAAGUGCUAUGCGUUGCCCAUGACCAACGUCAGGGGUGCAAAGAUAGGCUGUUAUGAUCCUGCGUAUGCCCAAGGCAUUCUUGGGCCGGAGCAGAGCAUUGAGCCCCAACGCACUGGAUCCCACAGCAGCAGACCCCAAGGCGGCAUGCUUACUACGUUUAUAACCGAGACCAAGACACCGGUUGUUACACGUACGCAAGUUGUUACCGUCAAGUUGAAGCCGUCCACGUCCACACCUGCACUUGUUCCGACCCCCCAGCCAGAAGUCGGUGGCCCUCUGGGAGCCCAAUCCCAGUCGCAGCUGGUACCGACUACAUCCUCGCCCUCGAUGCCAACAUUAGAGUCAGCGUCGACGCCACCGUCAAAAUCAAUAGAAUAUAACCCCCCGGCUCCUGCUCAAUCAGCAGCAGCAACAACAACAACAACAACCCCAAACCCAUCCCCCUUUCCAGAAACUACCACACCACUGCUGCAAUCACCGGCAAGAGCACCAGAAUCCUCCCCUGAGACGACAACUACUCACCAUCUACCACCAGCAGCAACGACAUCCAACCCAUCUGCUUUUUCAGAAACAACCACGCCACUGCCGCAAUCACCGUCCUCCCCUGAGACGACAACUACUCACCAUCUUCCACCAGCAGCAACGACAUCCAACCCAUCUGCCUUUUCAGAAACAACCACGCCGCUACCGCAAUCACCGUCCUCCCCUGAGACAACAACUACCCAUCAUCUACCACCAGCAGCAACGACAUCCAACCCUUUCCCUCACACGACCCCAUCCUCAACCCAGCCAACCCAGGUAGUCAUCACGCAAACCUUCAACAAACCCACGACGUCGAUCCCGCCACCAAACCCCACCAAACUGUUCCUGAUUCCCCUCGGCGACGACAAAACAGCAGCCCUCCCCAGCGCGCCAGCCGCCGUAACAAGGAAAAUCGAAGGUCCCGACACCGACGCGUUAACAACGACUACCGUUAAUAACGGCACGCCCACUGUGUCGGUCUUCUUGACCGUCACAGUGACCAAGGUGCAGAAGGAGACAGUCACGGCGACAGCUCCCAGUCAACUUGGAAAAAGGAGCGUUUUCGCCCGUCGACCAAACGACCAGGCACGACGUGUAAUUUGA